AUGACUGACACAUAUGUCAGCCGUUUGUUUAUGUAUCUCCCUCAAAGUCUGCGUUACAAUCCAAAACGACGUAAAGUAUUCAAUCCAUACAUGUUGGACACUUCAGGUGAUCCUAUCAUAACCAUAGAAAUGUAUGAUUGGCUAACACGCCGUGUAGAAAUUGACGUUAAAUUGAGUGAAUUAAAAGAUCCCUUAAAAAAGACAUCACUGGUAACUUGGGUUAGAGAUACUGGUGGUAAAUCGGACAAAAGUAAGUUUUAUGUUGCAAAAAGUUUAAUGAACCAAGAUCCAUUCUCUAAAGGAUUAGUGGAAUGGAUUGAAAAAAAUAGUAAAAAAAUUUCAUCAACAAAAGCUUCAAAAGGACUAAAAGGGUGA